CUGUCUCGCACACACACUCAGUCAGGGGGAGGGCUCCCCAAUCCUCUCAAUCUCAUCGAGCUCACCUGCGUCCAGCCACUGUCUCGUGCGCCGCCGUCUUCGUUCCUUCGAACGGCCACCGCCUCGUGCUCGCUCACUUCCCCUCCAUCGCGCAGCAGCCAGUUUUCACAACCUUGGCCCUCACUCACUCACCCCCUUCCCCCAACACCCCCUGUUCUAUCUUUGAACUCGAGCAAAGUUCAAAAUCACCCAACCAAAACCCUAGGUUCUCCCUGCAACGCUUCUGAGACAGUGCCGCCGCCAUCCGUGCUGUCGGCGCCUCCGCGUCCUCUCUUGUAGCCCAGGCCCUCUCUUGUAGCUCGGCGUCCUCCUUCCCCCUGUCCCCGUCCUCCUUGGCUUCUCUGUUCGAGGUUGGAGUAGCUCGGCGCCGUCUCGCCGGUCGCCGUUCGUGUCUCCAUCGAAGGAACAAGAAAACUAACUCUUUUUCUGCCCUCAGACCGGUUGGACCAGUAAAUCAGUGAACUAGUGACUGGAGCGGUUCGAUGACCAGUCCGGUUCUCAGAACCUUGUGUAGGUUGAUGUCAGAAUCUAAAUUCUAAAUUCCUCCAACUUCUCCGCGACUUCACCAAUAGAGCCUCCAUUUUCAUGCGGGUGCUGAAUUCAACACUCUCACUUUGUGUUGAUGGGGAUCACAAAACCUCCCUGCACUACUUCUUAUGCUUCCCAUUCCGAUUUAUACGCCGAUGUUCUCCAAUCCGUUAUAAAAUCCAGAGACCCUUUUGUCGGAAGAUCCGUUCAUGCUCGAAUCAUCAAACACGGCCUUCACUUGGGUGUCUUCUUGAUGAACAAUCUCCUCAAUUUUUAUGCUAAAACUGGUUCCUUCUCUGAUGUUCACUGCGUGUUCGCUGAAAUGCCGCUGAAGACCAUUUUCUCCUGGAACACCAUUCUGUCAGCAUAUGCCAAAAGGGGGAACUUCGAAGCUGCACAGCGAGUGUUUGAUGAAAUUCCUGAACCCGAUUCUGUUUCCUGGACUUCAAUGAUAGUGGGGUAUAACAUGUUGGGUCGUUUUGAUAAUGCCAUUCAUAUGUUUCUCAGGAUGAUUUCAUGUGGAGUGUCGCCAACCCAGUUCACAUUUACCAAUGUUCUUGCUUCAUGUGCUGCAACUGAAGCACUGGAUAUUGGUAGAAAGGUUCACUCCUUCAUUGUAAAACUUGGAUUAUCCAGUGUUGUUCCUGUGGCCAAUUCACUUCUUAACAUGUAUGCAAAGUCAGGUGAUUCAGUAAUGGCGAAGGUUGUGUUUGACCGGAUGAGGUUAAAAGACAAAUCAACUUGGAAUACUAUGAUUUCGAUGCAUAUGCAUUUCGGUCAACUUGACCUUGGACUUGCCCUUUUUCAGGAAAUGACUGAUCCAGACAUUGUCUCUUGGAAUUCGAUCAUUACAGGAUAUACUCAUCAAGGACAUGAUGUCAAAGCCCUUGAAAUUUUUUCACUUAUGCUUAACAGUUCAUCUUCAAAGCCAGAUAAAUACACCUUGGGAAGUGUUCUGUCAGCUUGUGCCAAUCUUGAAAAUUUGAAACUUGGGAAACAAAUCCAUGCGUACAUGGUAAGAGCUAAUAUAGACAUAUCUGGAGCCGUAAGAAAUGCUCUGAUCUUAAUGUAUGCAAAGGCUGGUGGCAUUGAAAUUGCUCAUAGGAUUGUAGAUAUUACAGGUAUCUCAAAUCUUGAUGUUAUAGCAUUCACAUCACUGCUAGAUGGCUUUGUUAAAAUUGGGGAUAUAAACCCGGCAAGAGAUAUAUUUGACUCAUUAGAAUUUCGAGAUGUAGUUGCAUGGACAGCCAUGAUUGUAGGUUAUGCACAGAAUGGUUUACUUAGCGAUGCUUUGGAUCUCUUCAGGAAAAUGGUUAGAGAAGGUCCAAAGCCAAACAACUAUACUUUAGCAGCGGUUUUAAGUGUCUUUUCAAGCUUGGCUUCUCUUGGUCAUGGUAAGCAGCUUCAUGCAACUGCCAUAAGAUUGCAAGAAGCAUCAUCAAUUUCUGUUGGUAAUGCUUUAAUUACUAUGUAUUCAAGAUCAGGAAGCAUCAGAGAUGCAAGGAAAGUAUUCAAACAGAUAUGCUCUAACAAGAAUAAAUUGACUUGGACUUGCAUGAUUAUAGCUCUAGCUCAACAUGGUUUUGGAAAAGAUGCUGUAGAACUGUUCGACACUAUGCUGAAACUUGACAUAGAGCCUGACCAAAUUACUUAUGUUGGUGUCUUGUCUGCUUGUUCGCACGUGGGAUUGGUACAACAGGGUAAGAGUUACUUUAGUUUAAUGAAAAAUGCUCAUCACAUUGAACCCACCUCUAGCCAUUAUGCUUGCAUGAUUGACCUGCUUGGGCGUGCUGGAUUGCUUGAAGAAGCAUAUCAUUUUAUAAAAAACAUGCCUGUUGAACCAGAUGUUAUAGCUUGGGGUUCACUUUUGGCUUCUUGCAGGGUUCAUAAAAAUGUGGAUUUAGCUAAAGUGGCAGCUGAAAAUUUGCUUCUUCUUGAUCCCAACAAUAGUGGGGCUUACUCAGCACUUGCUAAUACGCUUUCAGCUUGUGGAAGAUGGAAAGAUGCUGCUAUGAUUAGGAAAUCAAUGAAGGACAGAGCAGUAAAGAAGGAACAAGGAAUCAGCUGGGUUCAAAUCCAGAACAAGGUCCAUAUUUUUGGGGUUGAAGAUGGGCUUCAUCCACAAAGAGAUGCAAUAUAUAGAAUGAUUUCAAAAAUAUGGAUGGAGAUAAAGAAAAUGGGCUUUAUUCCAGACACUGAUUCUGUCUUGCAUGAUCUAGACCAGGAAGUGAAGGAACAAAUCCUUAGACACCAUAGCGAAAAACUCGCUAUUGCAUUUGCUUUGUUAAAUACUCCAGGAUAUGCCACACUGAGAAUCAUGAAGAACCUUAGAGUCUGCAAUGACUGUCAUUCCGCCAUAAAAUAUAUCUCUAAGCUUGUCGGUAGAGAAAUUAUUGUAAGAGAUUCCACACGUUUUCAUCAUUUCAAUGAUGGUUCAUGUUCAUGUCAGGAUUACUGGUAGAAGAAACAGUGGAAUUUCAUGAAGAAUCCGACUAGAACUGAGGAGUAAUUUACAAGUAUAUUAAACUGAAAAUAUAUAAAUGUAUACAGGAGUUUAAAAUCAUUCACUUUUUUAGAUGAGUUUGCCUGAGGUCUGACUUCAAGUGGACGCGCGCUAGAAUGCUUCUGAGUCAAUCAAAUGCUUGUGUUCUUGUUCAUGCCUGUCAAGAUAUCUUGCAGUUGAGGUCUAAUUUUACCAAAUUGGAGGCGGCACAUUUUCUAUAACCUUGGAUUUGAAUCAAUCAGUUCAGAUAAUUCGGUGGUCUCUCUUUACCUGGUCUGCUUUGGUUCAUAGUAUCCACACCUAUUUUAAUUGACUUUCAAUUUCUUGCAUCUGAGAAAUGAUUUUUCAUUUUUUAUUUUUUUGGGGUAUAUUGAUGACAGUUAAUCAUUGUAUUACUCAUAGUGGCUUAAGGGAUGACAGUAUAUUGAUGACAGUUAUCCGUCACCAGCUCUGUUCCUGACUUCCUGCCUCCGUCGCCAGCUUUGUUGCUGCCUCCUCGCCAGCUCUGUUCUUCACUUGUUCUAGAUUCCACUCGGAAUCCAGCAUGAUCACCCGAGAAGCUGCCGUCAAACUAAUGCCUUCGGCACAAGCUGUAAUCGAAGCAAGGAGUAUCUUUGAAACUCCACCAGGUUCCUCAAACUUAUCCAUCACUCUACCACGCUCGAAGAGCUCUAGUUGAGCUCUAGUUCCCUGGUUAACAUGAGAAUUUCCCGCCCUUUUUCCCAUUUGAAGAACAACUCAAAAUAUUCUAUAAAUAACUUCACUGGUGCAAUGUUGUGCCAGAAGAUGAGGAUCUUCUCCUUCUGAACCACGCGAUAGAUAAGGCUCAUACCAAAUUUUACCUUAGACCCCAUCUUCAAAUCAAACUUGCAUUUCUAUAGCUCUCUCAGCAAUUUUUAUCAACCAAGUAUGUAUGGACCCAAGAGUUAUCAAAAGCUCUAACUCGAGGAUAUCCAUUGCACUUUUGCAUUUUUUUGUGCAGUCUCUUCAACAUCUCAUGCUGCAUAUCGGUUGUGUUCAUCAACAAAGUAUAAAUUUGCAAACCGGGUAGGUCGUCCGAGCUACUACCUUCAUAAACAUCUAUAAAACCAUUUGUUAAAUUUCUCAACAUGUAUAAAUUUCUAUGAUUGAUGACAACAGUGGAUGCUGGUAUUAUAUGUUUGAUUUGUUGUUUUUGUUA